AUGUGCGGCAUCACCUUCUCGCUCUGCCCAUACCUUUCAUCUUUGGGGUCUGCCAUUGCGUCCCCUUCGGCACUGCACACUUCUCUCGCAGAGUCCAACUCCAGCCGUGGACCCGACUCUAGCAAUACCCACCGGGCAAUGAUCAAUCUCAAUGGUACAAAGCAGCUCGAGCUUCAGCUUACAUCGAGCGUGCUGGGUCUGCGAGGGAGUCUGACCGCUCAGCCAAUCGUAGGCGAGACCGGCGUGCUCGCUUGGAAUGGCCAGGUAUUCGACGGUCUAGAUGUCAAUAAAGGGGAGAACGAUACUCGCGUAAUCUUUGAACAACUCGAAUCUGGAGUGAGCUUCGAGGACGUGCUCUCCCGGAUAGAGGGGCCGUAUGCCUGCGUCUGGUACAGCCGGAACGACCAGACGAUAUCAUUCCAGGUCGACCCCUUAUCUCGCCGUUCCCUCUUACUCGCUCUUCCGACCCCUACCAGCCCGAUUCUCGCGCUCAGCUCAACGAGAUCAGCUUACGAACGGGAGAACGGUACCGAGAUGCGGGCACUGCUAGGAGGUGAAGGCGGCACAGUAUACCUUGACAGAGUCACUGUCGAUGAGCAGGGCGCCAUGAACAUCGACCAAGCGCUGGAGAUGCGGCCAUAUCUUCCCGGUCCAUCGACUUAUCUGACACGUCAGACCCGUGUACAUCCUAUCAAUACCACUCUUCCGCCCUCAGACUCCAUCCCGUCAGAAACGUUUGCGCGGGACGAGGUUGAACAUUUUGAGCGGGAACUCCUGGCUGCAGUCAAGUCCAGGAUCGAAAACAUUCCAGCUCCCGAGCCUGGCAACGCGCGAGUUGCUGUGCUCUUCUCGGGCGGAGUAGACUGUACCCUGCUAGCCAGCAUGAUGCACCAGUGCCUUCCAGCAAACGAGCCCGUAGAGCUCGUGAACGUGGCCUUCCAGCGAUUACCAUCGGAUCAGUCAGCCGCCGUCUCUGGCCGGACGGAGAUCGCGACCGAGUACGACACGCCAGAUCGGCUGUCUGGGUACGAAGCUUUGACGGAGCUGGGAAAGGCGUGCGAGGGGCGGGAGUGGCGAUUCGUCGAGGUCAAUGUGACGUACGAGGAGUAUCAUGAGCAUCGACAACGGAUUGUUGACCUUAUGUACCCAGCAACGACAGAAAUGGACCUUUCCCUAGCUUACCCGCUGUACUUUGCCUCUAGGGGUAUUGGCACUCUCGACGGCGUGCCAUAUACAGUCAAGUCAAAAGUCUACAUCUCCGGUUUGGGCGCGGACGAGCAACUAGGCGGCUACGCCCGACAUCGACACGCCUACACCUCCCUCUCCUUCCCCGGCCUCCUCUCCUCCCUCCAAACCGACAUAUCCCAACUCCCCACCCGCAAUACAUCGCGAGACGACCGCCUCCUCUCCUCUUUUGCUCGGGACGCCAGGUACCCCUACCUCUCCCUGGCCUUCAUCCGAUAUUUAUCGGAAGUGCCUAUAUGGCACAAGGUGCACUAUGAGUCGGGGGAGGGAUGGGGUGACAAGAUACUGUUGAGGAUGGCGGCGGAGAGAGCGGGGUUGGAGGGGACGGCGAGGAGGGUCAAGAGGGCGAUGCAGUUUGGGAGUCGGAGUGCCAAGGUCGGUGGGGGCGUGAAGGGGAAGGCGGCGGGGACGAGGAAAAUAGAGUGA